AUAAAUUUAUGAUUUUUCAUCGGAUUCGAAGUUACCUCACUUCGAGCUCCAGUCAAAUCGAUCUACUGUUCUCUUGUCUCUCUCCAUCUCUGGGCUACUACAUUGGUAUUUCAAAGAAUAGGGGAUUCUAAGGCUGGUUGGAGCUGUUAGGGUUUGGCUAAAUAGAGGAUUUGAGAAGAAUCUUGCGUUUGGGAUUUUUGAAGAAUGGAGUGUGACCAGUACAAGCUGUUCGUGGGGGGCAUAUCUCGGGAGACUAGUGAAGAAGCCCUGAGACAGCAUUUCAGUAGAUAUGGAGAUGUGUUGGGUGUAGCAGUUGCCAGAGCGAAAGUCACUGGAACUCCGAGGUGCUUUGGGUUUGUCUGUUUCUCCAAUGCCUUUGCUGUCGAUAGAGCGCUUCGAGACACCCAUUUUAUUAUGGGUCGAGCUGUGGAUGUGAAAAAGGCAGUUCCUAGACAUGAACACCAUAAACUCCAACAGCAGCACCGACAACAAUAUGGGAAUCAGCUGCAGCAGAAUAGUGGUAUGCAUGAAGUGUCAAGCAAUGUUGUAUACAGAACCAAAAAGGUCUUUGUUGGGGGCUUAUCGUCUAGCAUAACUGAAGAAGAGUUCAGGAAUUACUUUGAGAGGUUUGGCCGGAUAACUGAUGUAGUUGUAAUGCAUGAUAGCAUUACAAACAGGCCUAGGGGUUUCGGGUUUGUUACUUAUGAAUCAGAGGACUCAGUUGAAAAUGUUAUGCAGAACAAUUUCCAUGAAUUGAGUAACAAACGCGUGGAGGUGAAACGGGCAAUACCAAAAGAGGGUAUCCAGACCAAUAAUGGCGGUUAUAACCCGAGUUCUGAUGUAGGAAGCAUGCCUAAAUUUAGCAGCUUUCAGCUGACAGCACUUGCUCCCGAGAGACUUGCAUACGGGAUGAUCAUACCUUAUGUUGCUUCUCCUACGGUUGGUUAUCAUAAUCUUCAAGGAUUUCAUCACUACCCUGUAGAUAUGUAUGGAUAUGGGUAUCCCUUCAUUGCACAUGGAGCUAAUUUCCAGUGGAACAACCCGAUAAUGCCUACACCCGGGUUUUUCUGUCCUCCUCCCAGCGAUGGUCCUGGUUAUCUCCCGUACCUGAACGGAUUUAGCCAUCCGGGUAUGAAUUCUACCGGGUACAAUGCAGUAGCUCUGCCUGCACCUGAUGGUGGCAUUGAACAGGUGAGUGCAGGUAUGACAACACCUCGAUUAGAAGGUUUGAAACUAGAGGCCGGCAGUAAUCAAGCCCAUGACACAGUCAACGAGGGAGGAUCUGCCGAACAGCACCAGAUAGGUAGCGCCGAGAAGCCCUUACACAUCGAUACGUACAGAUGACAGUUUCGGAAAUGGUAUUAGGCUCAGGUUGGUUGGUAACAUAUGACUUAGUUUUCUCAUUAGGUUCAUUUGCUAACUAAGGAAGUGUUUCGGUGCUUCUCUGGUACAUGUGCUAGUUGCAUCUGAUGCUAUAUCUGCUACUUCCCUUUGUGUAUUAUGUCAGGCAUUGGAUUCUAACCCCAUUGUAAUAUACCAAAUUGCAUUCUUUGGACCUCUCUCUCUUUCUCUCUCUCUCUAUUCAUUAGUGUGUUUCUGUGGUGAUUUGA